CGACUCCCAGAAUGCUCAGCGCGAGGCGGAGCCGGGACUCCCAGCGGCCCCCAGCCCCGAGCCGGGCUGACUACAACUCCCAGAAUGCCCGGCGGGUUCCCGCUACCCCCGCCGAAGGGCGGGGCUUAUAGCGCUGAGAGCGGUGAUUGGCUCGGGCGCCCCAGGCCUGCUCGGCGAUUGGCGGAGCCGGGCACCGCCCCUGUCCCGUGGGCCAGGCGUGGAGGCGGCGCGGACGGACGGGGCGCCCCGAGGCCGAGCGCAGCCCGCAGCCAGCCCGGCAUGGAGCCCGGCACGGGGGAGGGCGGCGCCGCGGGCGCGGUGCUCUUCCACGGCGACGAGGAGAUCAUCGAGGUGGUGGAGCUGGGCCCGCCCGGCCCCGAUGACCAGGCCAAUGAGAUGAAAGAUGACUCCCCAGACCCCUGCUGGAGAACCACUGCUCUAGCAUAUGCCCUCCUGGACAAUGUGCGUCAUAUUUACUAG